AGGAGUGAACAUGGAGCUGGAGAGGACCGUCCGCGCGGCCCUCCUGGCCUUUGUCCAGACACACCUCCCGGAGGCUGACCUCAGCGGCCUGGAUGGGGUCAUCUUCUCCUACGUGCUGGGGGUCCUGGAGGACCUGGGGCCCGCAGGCCCGUCCGAGGAGAACUUCGACAUGGAGGCCUUCACCGAGAUGAUGGGAGCCUACGUGCCCGGCUUUGCCCACAUCCCCAGGGGUACCGUCGGGGCCAUGAUGCAGAAGCUCUCAGGGCAGCUGAGUGACGCCAGGAACAAAGAGAACCUGCACCCGCAGGCCUCUGGCGUCCCCCCAGAGCCCCCGCAGCGGCCUGCAAAGCUCAAGGAAGAGGCCCGGGCUCCCAUGGCUGCUGCUGCCGGCGACCCCGAGGACGAGGCCGGCGGAGCGGAGGAGGAGCUGCUGCCCGGCGUGGACGUGCUGCUGGAGGUGUUCCCCACCUGCUCGGUGGAGCAGGCCCAGUGGGUGCUGGCCAAGGCGCGGGGGGACCUGGAGGAAGCCGUGCAGAUGCUGGUGGAGGGGAAGGAAGAGGGGCCCCCGGCCUGGGACGGC